AGUAAGAACACACUUGAAUGGAUUAAAUACAUUUUUUUUUUUUAAAUUACCAACACAUUGGAAGAACACACUUGAAAAGAAAAUAAAUAAAAUAACGAUUUAAUUAGAGACACAGGAAGAACACACUAAUUAUUAUUAUCAUUAUUAUUGUGUACAAUACAAUACAACAGCAGCACUAACUACAGCCUCUAAAAUUAAAAUGAAGUUGAACCAAUACGUUGGUUUGUUUUUUCAGCAUAUAACCUAAAUACAGGACAGAGGUGUCCACAUACUUCUGGCCAAGUAGUGUAGUUUGGAAAUGAUUCCUUUCCUUGUAACCUGAUUGUAUUUGUGUGGAUACAGAAGACUAUCAACAUUCAGUUGUUUAUUUGUUUGUAACUCACGCAUACGUUCCAGUAUUAAAGCAGAUGCUUGUGGAUAUUUAAUUUUUUCCCCCCAAACAUAAAUCAAACAGCUGACUGCAUCCAGCAGAGACCAGAUGUUUGUAUAAUCUGUCAUUUGAGUAAUUGUGUGUUGGUGCGACAGAUUCCUCACAGCACAGCCCGCCGGAAAAGAAGGAAACACUCUUUUAUUAUCAGUGUCUGCAAAAUACUUAAAUGCAGCUCCUCUGUUGUGAGUUACUUUCCAUUUUUUAAUCUUGUUUUUUCCCAGCAGAAGCUCUCAGUCUCUACUUCCUGUGUUGAGCAUUUCCCUCUGCCUUUGAGUGACUCUGUUGUCUCACAGCUCCGCAACCAGCGGCUUCCCGGUGCCUCCUCCCCGUGUGCGAAAAGCUCCAGAGUGGGGAUCCGCAGUCACUGGGACACCCUGAGGCGUCUGACACGGCAGAGGCUUCACCGAGGCGGUGCAUUCGGGGUCCAGAGCCCGGCUGUUGGGAGCCCAGACGCCAAGGACUGGUGUGGCGUUCGCAGAGGCAGCUACCCGCCGACUGAGCCGCAGUGUCACGCAGCAGCAGCUCGGCCGUACCCUCCGCCUCGCUGUAAGCCGAUGACUCAGUGUCAGAUGUGCUGUAGCAAGUCGCUGAGCCGGUGUCGAGUUUGCUACUCCAACUUCCUCUGGGAGCAAAGUCUGAACCGCUCGGCGCCGUCCGUCUACAGCUCCGUUCUGAUCGACAACAUCAUGGAAGAGCUGGGCAGCGGAGAUGAAGACGAAGCAGGAGAGUCUAUCAAUGUGUCAUCGUCGCUUCCCACAGCGCGGCGGUGGACCAUGUCUCCCCCGUGUCUCACCGUGCCUUACUACUCCAACUCAGACGACUACCUCCAGCCAGGUCUGCCCACCAGGCUUCGAAGCCAAAGCCCUCGCAUCCGCACUGCUCCCCCGAGCCCCAUGCGCCCUCGCCGAGUGGUGGAUCUACCCCCGGUGUCCCCCGUGGAGCUCGCCAAGCAGGAGAGCCUGGACGAGCUGAGGACGACGGUGCAGCUGGCCGCCUGCUCCAUGGAGAACAGCACCAAAGACAUCAAGCUCCUCGGGGAGAAGAUGGCAGCGGCGACUGAGCGCAUGUCGGAGACGGUGCAGGACAACUCCCAGGCCUUGGCGCUUCUCACUCAGGUGGUGGACCGGCUGCAGACGCUCCUCGCCGCCACCAGGACGACUGAGAUCAACGCCCCGAGACCUGCUGAGCAAGACGGCACACCUACGAAAAACCAAACUCCAAAGAGCAGAGGGCAGCGUCCGUCUCUGACCCACCAAUCCAGAUGUUCCUUCCCCUCGCUUCCCUCCUCCUCCUCCUCCCUCAGCAGCUCUGCAGACGCUCCCUCCACCUCUCAGGGGACCAGCUGUCUGUCCGUGUCCUGCCGUGCGUCCCCCCGAACUACCCCCAAGACAAAGAACUCGCCUUCGCCACGGACGAAGCACGCCGAGCAUCAAGCGCCCAAGCAGCCUCUGACCAACGGGCUGCUGGAUGAGCCCAAGGAGGCGUCGCACGCUGUGAAAGGAGGUCGCUCAAACCAGCGGAAGAAGAGGAGGAAGAAGGCGGCGUGAGAGGCGCUGAAGAGUGUCCAAAGCGUGGACUUCUUGGGUCCUUUCAAGUCGUCUCUGCAGAGUGGCUGACCUGCAAACGCACACAGUGGUAGCUGAUUUUUAUUGCUGCAUUUCUCGCCGUUUUCGUCCAUCGUGUUGUGGAUCAUUUCAUCAUUUCCUCUGUCUGCUCAUUUCAGGAACUUCAUCAGCAUUCAUUUUGUUUUUGUCGCAGCUGUCGUGAAUUAAACCUUCCAAUCUCUCCCUCCAGUCGUUACAUCCUGUCAUGGCUUCCACCAGACUCCAUCAGCUUGUUUGUGUGAUUCGAUUUGACGUCA